AUGCAGGCCGAGGACCGUGCCCACCGCGUGGGGCAGGGCCGGCCGGUCAAGAUCUACUACCUGGUCGCCCCGGGCAGCGCUGACGAGGACGUCUGGCGGCUCCUCAAUUCAAAGCUUCAGGUCACAGGGGCGGCCCUGGGUGACGGCCAGGCCCAUGUUGCGGCCCUCGACCUGCCAGGCGCGCCGCCGCGCUCGCGCACGCCCUCGCCGCCGCCCGGCAGCGAGGGGGCGGGGGCGGCGGGGCUGGGGGCGGGGGAACUCCAAUACGUGCAGCAGCAGCAGCAGCAGCAGCAGCAGCAGCAGCAGCAGCAGCGGCAGCAGCGGCAGCAGCAGCAGCAGCAGCAGCAGGCGGAUGAUGAUCUUGAUCUGGACGACGCUGACCUGGCGGCAGCCGACGAAUUCCUGUCGCAGCACGAGCAGCGGCUAUCGCAGCAGGGCUCCCAUGCAGAGCAGCGUGGGCAGGAGGAGCAGGGGCAAGGGCAGGGGCAGCAGCGCGCCCUCCAAGAGAUCGAGGGGGAGGCCGGCCGGGCCGUGUCUGCUACCAACGGCGGCUGCUGCGGCGGCGGCGACGCGGCCGCAGAAGCACGGGGCGGCACACAGGCCUCGACGCGGCAGACGAGCAACAACAGCUCACAGCCCGCGCCGCUGUCGCAGGCCGUGCUGUCUCAGGCUGAGCAGCCAGGGGGGCGGCGGCUGGUGCCGUCUGAGCACUCGGGGCCGCCGCCUUCGUUCGACAUCGAUUUGACGCAGGAGUGGCCUGCCGCGGAGGCUCCUGACGCCAUGGCUUGGGCUCAGUACACAUGGAUGAUUGUCAUCCACGGCAUUGUCGCCUUCAUCGAUGCCUAUGGUAUUGGCGCCAACGAUGUUGCCAAUGCCUUCGGCACCUCUGUGGGCUCCAAGACCCUCAAGCUCUGGAGCGCGGUGGUCAUUGCAGGAAUUUUCGAGUUCUUGGGUGCGAUGCUGCUGGGCGGCAACGUGACCAAGACCAUCGCGGGCGGCAUCGCCAAGACCUCCACCUUUGCUAAGUUCCCGGCGAUCUUCAUGUUUGGCAUGCUCGCCGCGGAGGUGGGCGCCUCCACCUGGAUCCUCCUGGCCACGUACCUGGAGCUCCCCGUGUCCACCACCCACUCCAUCAUCGGCGGCGUCGUCGGCUUCGCCCUGGUGUUCGGCGGCGGCAACGCGGUCACCUGGUACACCCGCACCGACAGCUUCCCCUUCAUUGGCGGCAUGGUGCCCGUGUUCGUGUCCUGGUUCCUGUCGCCCCUGCUGGCCGCCCUCAUCACCCUCGUCCUCUUCCUCGUGAUCCGCACGUUUGUGCUGCGCCGCAAGAACUCCACCUCGAUCUCCUACUGGGUGCUGCCCGUGCUUGUUUUCGUCACCAUCUUCAUCAACAUCUUCUUCAUCAUCACCAAGGGCGCCAAAAACCUGGUGUCCAUCCCCGUCGAGAAGGGCGCCUGGAUCGCCGCCAUCGCGGGCGCCGCCGCGGCCGUGGUCAGCUCGCUGAUCCUGUUCCCCAUCAUCCGCAAGCGCGUGAAGAGCCUUGACGAGGCCCCCACCUCCAAGGACGCCGAGGCCGGCGGCAAGCAUGAGGACGUUGAGACCGACCAAUUCCAGCAGAAGAUCGCCGACAGCCUGAAGCCUGUGGAGGUCGACCCCAACGACAAGUCGGUGGGCGCCUUCUUCAAGCGCUUCAGGAACGCGGCCCUGUCCGGUGUUACUGUGGACAUCCAUGAUGACGUGAAGGACGACCAGAACAUCAUGGCCAUGCACGACGACGCCGAGAAGUUCGACCCCCGCACCGAGGAGGUGUUCAAGAUUCUGCAGGUCCUCUCCGCCUGCGCCAUGUCCUUCGCCCAUGGUGCCAACGACGUCGCCAAUGCCGUCGGCCCCUUCGCCGCUGCCCUCUAUGUGUACGAGAACCUCAAGGUGCCCGGCAGCAACUCCGACGCCCCUAUCUGGGUCAUGGCCCUGGGCGCGACCGGCCUGGUGGUCGGCCUGGCCACCUACGGCUACAACAUCAUGCGCGUGCUGGGCGUAAAGUGCACCCACAUCACCCCGUCCCGCGGCUUCUGCAUGGAGACCGCCACCGCCCUGGUCAUCUCCGUCGGCAGCGUGUUCGGCCUGCCCCUCUCCACCACCCACACCAUCUGCGGCGCCACCGCCGGCGGCGGCAUUGCGGAGGGCCGCUGGAAGGCCAUCAACUGGGGCCUGUACCUCAAGAUGUUCAUCGGCUGGGUGGUCACCCUGGUCUUCGCGGGUCUGGUUACCGCUGUGGUGUUCUGCCUGGGCAUCUACACCCCCUCCCGCAUCGACGAGGCCGCCUUCAACGACCUGGUGCAGGCCAACAUCAAGGCCGCCAACGCCACCCUCAACUCCACCGUCGCGGCCUUCCCCGCCUCUGCCGCCGAGGCUGAGGCCCUCUUCAACACCACCGGCAAGAUCAGCGCGUCCGGCGUGUGGCCCGAGGCGUCGGCCGUGAUCGCCGCCACCCAGAGCGUGAAGUGGUUCGCCGGCAACCAGACCAAGGCCUAA